AUGAACCUGCUGGACGAAACUAUCAGGACCUCGUCUAUGCCCGACGGCGAGGCCCGUCUGCCAGCCUAUAUGGAAAUCGAUGAAGUUGCCAUGGACCGGCAGCGAGCCUCCGCUCUGGCCGCACACCAAGAUGCCCGCGCCCUCAUUCGCUUGAUCCAGUGCCCCCAGUGCUCCAAGCCGUACACCAGCCCCGUCACCCUACCCUGCGGCAACUCGCUAUGCCGCACUUGUCUGCCUCAGUCCUACCGCCGUGAGGGCGUCUCGUACCCCGAUACUCCUGGAAGACAGCGCGGCUUUCUUUGUCCUUACACCGAAUGUUCCGAAGAGCAUGUCCUGGCAGACUGCAGCAUCGACGUCACCCUGUCGAAGCUCAUGGAAGCCAUCGCCGACCUCGUCCGCGGACACAUCCAACUCGCCGGCGAUAGACAGACAUAUAUGGAAGAGGUGGUUAAACAGGACGAGGUGCUGGGAACAAUCACAUCCGUAGACUUGGACAAGGACAGUCCUCGAUGCUGGACCAUGCCCGGAGCUCGUUUGGUGGCCACAUAUAACCUCGCUGGUACCGGCAUUCUCGGAUACAAGACUGAGGUCACGUACACCGACUUGCCCGAAACAGAACAAGCCGCGCAAGAAACAGAUCAAGGGCUGCUGGUGCAACUGCUCGAUACAGCACAGAAAGAGGUCGACUGCCAAGUCUGCUACAACAUCAUGUUCGAUCCUGUCACAACCGCUUGCGGUCAUACGCUCUGUCGCAAAUGCCUGGCUCGCACGCUUGAUCACUCGACCCACUGUCCUGUCUGCCGCCGCUCUGUCAUCACCCCACCCUCACUUCUCAGAUACCCGAGCAACAAGACGUUGGUCAGUCUGCUCGAGGGGCUCGUUCCAGACAUCAUCUCUGCUCGCGCUGAAGCUGCCGCCCUCGAGGACGCCAUUGCUCUCCCAGAUUUUGAAACUCCUUUGUUCGUCUGCACCCUCGGUUUUCCCGGUUGUCCUACGUUUCUACGCGUCUUCGAGCCAAGAUAUCGACUGAUGAUCAGACGUGCUAUGGAAGGAAACCGGCAAUUCGGUAUGGUUACCUACAAUCGCCAUGGAGUACCCCAAGAAGGACUAGGCAACACACAAUUCCUCGCCUAUGGUGUCAUGCUCUACAUAGAGAAUGUGCAGAUGCUCCCCGAUGGCCAGAGCAUUGUCGAAACCAAAGGCAUGUACCGUUUCCGUGUGAAACAGUAUGGCACUUUGGACGGCUAUACAGUGGGCAGAGUUGAGCGUGUUGAAGACGUUUCGCUACAGGAAGAAGAGCGUCUAGAGGCCGAAGAAACAUCGCAGCCCCCUGCCGCGGAGAACGAUAUUGAGGGCCAAGUCAGCAGGAUGUCAACUCGAGAACUUCUCAUGCUCGGGCUUGACUUUAUCCUUGUCAUGCAAGGUCGAAGCGCACCUUGGCUACACCAACGCAUUCUAGAAGCUUACGGCGGCCCGCCGGACGACGCCGCCCUCUUCCCUUUUUGGUUCGCCAGCAUCCUUCCUAUCAGCGAGGACUGGAAGUAUCAUUUGAUGCAGACGACAAGUGUACGAUCGAGACUCAAGAUUACAGCUCUUUGGGUCAGGCACAUGCAGACACAGCGAUGGUACCAGAGCAACGCAUGCACAGUCUUAUGA